AUGGAUGCAAAGGCUGCCGUACUUCUGCGUCAAGUGCAGGACUUUAGGUCCGGCUUACCAUCUGGAACGUUCCCUGGCACGACAAAGUUGAAGCCUGAGCAGGUGGACAGCCCCAAGCCCAUGGAAACAUCGACCAGCAAGGAGGGUGACUCGCAAAAGCCGGCGGAGCAGGGUCCGCAGGCAACAGCGAGUUACCACGGUUUCCCUAUCGGAAGCUUUGUCCGUACAUCCGCUUCCAAAAGCAAAGACAAGUACGACAACCAGAGAGGGGAGGUUGUCGGCGAGUUGACAUGGCAUGUGAAGGUGAAGCUUGUUUCGGGCCCAGCUGCCAAUGAGGUCAGAAAGUAUGAUCCAAAGAACUUGAAAUUGGAAGAGGCUGUACAGACGGAGAAACCGGGCCUCAAGCGCAAAGCCACCUCAGAGCUCAAAGACGAUGCUGCUGAGAGGGCGCGUGCUUUGUUCUCAGAAGACCUUGGCGAUCUGUAA